AUGGCCGACUUGCUCCAAAACGCGUCUAGCUCGUGCAGGCGCUGGCUCUGCCCCUCCCCCCCCCCUUCUGUUUUCUUAAUCUAUUUCACAAAUCUAAAUUACGCAUGUGACAAAGGUAACAAACUAUUUGGGUUUUAUUUACAAAAGUGGUAUUUGUGGAGAAUUAAAAAGGGAAAUGUGAAUUUUAGGAUAAAACAAGUGACCUGUAAAAACUUAAUGUAACAAUUGAUUUUUCUAAGCUUUCCAAAUAAUUCAAUACUUUUCAAAGUGUAUAGUGUAUAUAAUUUUUUUUAUUUUUUUUUAUUUAUUUUUUUUAUGAUUACAUUGCAGAAGUAACUGUAAAGUAUAAGAUAAAUAACUUUUAGUUUUAUUUUUGAAUCGGCUAAUUUGCAAAACUUUUUUUUUUUCUUUUUUCUUUUUUCUUCCAAAUUAUUUUAUAUAUAUAUAUAUAUAUAUAUAUAUAUAUAUAUAUAUAUAUAUAUAUAUAUAUAUAUAUAUAUAUAUAUAUACAUACUUUUUUUAUUUAUAUCUCUCCCCUUUCCUCGAGUAUCAAUUUAAUUUUGUAGUCCCAACCUAUGAUAUCCAUGGUGUGCUGUAGGAUUAAUAUACGCAGAAUAUUACGGAGAGUUUUCCAAACAGUCUGCUGCUCUAUGUUUUUUGUAAUUUAGAUUAGGGCUGGGGCCCAAAGGAAUCUCGUGGGACCAGAUUUAAGACCUUGUACAUGGAUUAUUAUGGUAACUAGAAUUUUCCUAUAAUUAAGCAUGUCAGGGCACCCAGUAAGAAUGUGUAAGACUUUAAAGGUCUGUUUUAACAGAAGUGUUUGAGGGUUUUUUUUUUUUUCCUUUCAUUUAAGUGUUUGAUCUCACGCCAAGUUGUAAAGUGGAUUAAACUUUGAUAGUGAUUCCUAUUUUGCUACUAUUGAAUCGCUUGCAGGGACACUGUAUUUAUAUAAGAAAUAUAUAUCUGGCAUAAUGAUGAUUAGAGUAACAAAUUCUGGAUAUUGGAACAGUGGCUUCACUGAUCUUUAGGGCAGGUGCUUAUGACGCCAAUCUAAUUUAGAGCUGAUAUUAAAAAGCAUGGAAAGCUGAGUUUUUGGAGAUCUAAGUCUGCACAUAUAUGGUGAAAAAGUCCCUGGUGGCCUUACAUUCGAUAUUGGGUUUAUUUUCUUGUGCAGUGUAUGUUGUGUUGGUGGUGGUUUUUAUUUUUAUUUCCCCCACAUCCCAUUCUCCUUCCAAUAUUUUGUUGCGUUUUUAAAAAAAUUUUUUUUAUUUAUUUUCUGUCUUCCAGGAAGGAUAUAAUUCCACAGAAGCUGAAAAACUUAAGCGUGAAAGAAGAGCUGUACUAAAAAUACCACAUGAGAAUAUUGCUAUAUUGUACUUCAACUUCCACUACAUUCUACUACAGUAACAAGUUUUGUGAUUUGUCCUCCACUUUUCUCCUCUUCCAGCAAGGCCAGGUAUCGAAAAUGUAAAAAAUCUGUAAACCUGGUAAAAUGAAAUGUGUGGUUUUUUUUUUUUUAUUUUACCUUCUGUAUUACCAGCAGAAAAAUUUACAAUUAGAAAUGCAUAUUUGCAAGGAGGAAUGCUUUGAAAUUCAUCUGUAUUCGUGGUCAUCACAUUGAAGACUAAUGAAGUUUUUAAAAUGAUUUAAUUUGAUCAAUUAGUUCUCAAGACAACUGUAAAUAAUACAAGGUUUGCUACUUAACUGUAGAUUUAAGCAUUUGUCUUGUCUAUAUGGAAUUUUAUUUAAAAAAAAAUAAAAAAAAAAUAAAAUUAUUUUUUUCUAUUUUUUUAGGAACGAUGUCUGCUCCAGGUUGUGAACAUCUAAGAUCAGUGCCUAGUUACCGUAGCCUUCCUGUUGAAAUGCAUCCGCACUCCUUUGAUUCUGGUCUUGUUCUCCGUGAGCAAAAUUGCAAUAUAAACCGGAGAUCACAGAAUCGAUACUUUGAUAACUUGAAUGGGUAAGACGAGGUUCAUAACUAUUAAUGUCUGCUGCCCAUUAAAAGCAUUACUUUGCAUAUUAAUCUAUAUUUAACUAAUGAUAUAUGAUCACCUAGGUAUCCAAAACCUUUUGUAGCCCACCUCCAAAAUGUAACUUUAUUUGCAAGAUUUUUUUUCUAAAUUGCACAUUAAAUUGUCUGCAGUUGUUUAUAAGCCUAGAAAUGAUCAUUUUUUCUUUUAAAUUUUUUUUUUUUAUUGUUCUAGUGAUGCCAUAUGGAUCUAUCAUGUUUAAGUAGUAAUGCCCUUUGUCCUCUACUGAGGGGCUUCUGAAAUUAAGGACUGUGCUUGCACUGUUAAUCCUGAUAUCUAUCCUGCUGGGUACCCUCUUUGUUAUGGGUCAAGAAAACAAACAUCUCUAUGAAAUUAUGUAUUACUUCAGUAUUUCCUGUGGAAUUUGCGGCCAUAACAUAUUCGAAUAAGGAAAAUGGGCACAUUUUGUUACCAGUGACUUCUCGUGUGAAAAAUGCCUCUGGUAUUUUAAACUAAGGCUACUCCAUAUGGUUCUAAACUACAACUCCCAAGAUUCUGAGAGUUGUAGGCAGGGCUGGACUGGGAGAAACCUGUAGCGUGGUCAGUUAAAGGCAGAGAAGCCUACUGUGAGGGGCGGGGCAAGAAAUGGUGUGUGUUUGUUAGUGUUAUGCCCCUCCAGAGCAUCCAGUGCUCUGCAGUGGAGUUGAUGUCCUGUGUUGUCUGGUGUGUUUUUUAUUUAUUUAUUAAUAUAUAUAUAUAUUUUUUUACUUGUCUCUGCUGUCCUAAAUAGUGGGAUACCAGACCACAAAAGUGGAACUGUGCUGUUAGUGUGUUUAUAUAUGUUUGGAAGUUGCUUGCACAAUUGCAUGUGUAUAGAGGAGAGUGUGUGUGUUUCUGGACUGUAAAGUAUGUAUUUUUGCAUGUUUUAUAGGGCCUGUAGAGAGAGAGUGUGUGUGUGUGUGUGUGUGUGUGUGUGUGGGCCUAGGGGGUGUUCAGUGCAUGUAAGGACUGUACUGUGUGUGUAUCUAGGAGAUUUAGGGGGUAUAAAGUGUGUGUGUGUGUGUAUUUAUAGGGGAUAUAGAGUGUACGUAAUUGCACCAGGGAUGUGUGUGUGUGUAUAUGUAUAUGUGUAUAUGUAUGUGUGUGUAUAUGUAUGUAUGUAUGUAUGUGUGUGUGUGUUUGGGAGGUAUAGAAUUUGUGUGUGUGCUGGGGGUGUAGUGUGUUUAUAGCUUGCAUAGGGUGCAAGUAGUGUGUUGUGUGUGUGUGUGUGUGUGUGCUGGGGGUGUAUAUAUUUUAUCUAUCUCUCUUUUUUAUUUAUUUUUUAUCACAUUUGAUUUCCCCUCUUCCUUCCCCUUCCCUGGCCUCCUUUAUUGCCUUACACGGGAGAGGGAGCAUGUUGAUGCCUGGUGAUUCAGUGUGCUGGUAAUUUGGUCCAUAUUGGACAUAUUUUGACCAUGUUGGAGGUCGCAAGAGGGAGACAAUGAGGUUGCUUGGCCUGCACAGGGGGUGUCUGGCUCAAUUCUUCCCCACUGUACCCAUGAAGGGGCAGUUCUGCCUCUUGGUGCAAGUGAUGCCUUGCAGGGGAGAUCCUUUAAAGUCCCCUGCCGUCCUAGGCCAUUGCUGCCCAACUGUCAGGCCUGGUUGUAGGCCAUCAAUAUCUGGGGGCAGAGUUUGAGGUUCCUGCUUUAGAGCCAUAAUCCAGUAAGAAAUUGUCUUCAAUAAUUCAUUCAUGAGAAACUGCUUUAGACCCCUGAGCUAAAUGCCUAUCCUUACGGCGAGCACAUGCUAACUUUUAAAGAGAUUUAAAAAUGUGUCCCUAUGCAUAAGCCGUACACAUUUUAUUUGGCGCCUCUUACUCUCUUGCAGUGUUUAAUUAUAGUCAAGAGUUAAUGGUGUGUGCGUAUUAUUGAAGUACAUUUGACUCACUCUCCUUUUUAUGGACCACCACAGGAUCUAGUCUGUUAUUACUUGAUUGCUUGGUAACCUAAUUUCUGACCUCAACGAAAAGAACAAAUGCCUCUUCCUCAUUGGAAAUCAAUUGUUUUAGUCCCUACAGAAUUAGCCAAACGCAUCGUAACUGGAUAUGGAUUGUUGGGUAUAUUGAAUAGUUUCCAGCCGCCAUCUUUAGCAGGAAAAUAUCAAUAUAAUGUAUCAUACCUAUUUCCAGUAAUGGUUUCAGUGACAUUUUGAGUCCUGUGUUGCCAUUUUUAACCCAAAGUGAAUAUUUGACUGUGUUUUAUAUUAUAUGUAAACCUUUUUCGUUUAGAGUUCAACUUAAUAAAAAUUAAAAGUAAAAAAAAAAAAAAAGAAAUAAUCAGAAUUUACCUAAAGCAGAUGUACACUUACAAAUUUGGAUUCAACCUCUGUAAAACCGGUCCUGAUUAACUGUGUAUGUUCCCUUUUGUAUGUCACAGGUAGAACUGUGCGUAAUUCUCUGGGAUCCUCAGUUGCUGACUGUGAUACUUUGACGGUUGCACAGACAUUUUUACAAAUGUUAUUGCACUUCAGUUUCUUAAUAACUGUUUGUUCAGACCAUAACUGUAUCCACAGGACUAUUUUAGGAUGUUGAAUUCAGGAACUAAGGAAAUUAUUCAGUCCAGAUCUACACAAGCUAGACAAUGUACAGAGUUUAGAGGCAGAUUUCUAUUUUCUUUUUGACUUGUUUUGUUUUUUAAUUUUCACGUGAAUCGUGUUUUUUUUUAUUUUUAUUUAUUUUAUUUUUUUAAUGCUUUUAUUCCAGGAAUAUCAAAUUCUAAUGAAUUGGAAAUGUCUUGUCAAUAUUUGCAUUUGACCAUUUGUAUAAAUUUAAAAUUCUCUAAUUGUUUAGUUUAGGAUAAACCCUAAUUAAAUUUAAGAAAACUGUGAGUAUGUCUCUCUGUGGAAUUUCAAUGAAAUACCACUUUCCUUUCUUUUAUGAAGAUAUCGUUUUUGAGCUUGAAAAAUGUUUAACCAUGCAGCAAUAUUGGAGAGAUACACAGACAAUUUUUAUAGUGUCCAACAGUGUAUGAAGUGUUGACAAUCCCUAGGCGACAAAGUAAUGAACAUGUCUUAAGUUAGAGGUCACUAAUUGACAAGAUGUGCUUAAGUGUCUUAAACAAGUAUCGUUAAACUAGAAAUUGCCUACUGUAACCAAGCCAGGUGGCCACUAUUUUAGACAUAAGACCAGAACAACUUUCUCUAUGGCAGAAUACACAAUGAACAAGGGGCACGAAAGAAACAAAGCUAACCUGCAAGUCUUCAAUUCUUCUACCAUACCCUAAGGCCUUCUCCUGCCUCAUAAUCCAUCCUCAAGAAUGCAGAAAGCUUUGUUUUCCUCUUGGUCCAUUUCAAAGGUUUAUGCAGGCAUACAAUGGUAAAGUCAGAAACCAGAUGGAGUCAAAAUUGCACUCCUAUUAUUUGUAAAGUUGUAAUAUGUCUGAAGAAAGCCAGAGUGCUAGAGUCCCUUUAUACAUAGUGAACAAAGUAAAUCGGUAAGAUGUGAGAUCUAUACUAAUUAGGUGAGUGGAGCGCUAUAUAGAAAUAAGAAUAUACACUUGCCUAAAGAGGACGUUUAACUUGGGCGUACAUUAAGUACAUAUAAAACAAGACAAAACUAUAUAUAGUGUAAAUCCAUUAAAAAAAAUGAAAUAAAACUUGUAUCAUAUGUGUGUCAAAUCACAAUGAUAACAGCAGCUGGGGGACCGGCUCAAAUCACAUCGGCAUCCGUGUCGUAGGUGACAAUGCACCCUUUUUACUUAUUUUUUUUAUUUUUAUUUUUUUUAAGUAAAUUUUUUUUAUUGAUAUCAAGGAACAAGAUAAAAGGAAAAAUUCUCUAGUGCAGUUUCCCAAUUGGUGUUCUGUCAAAAGUAAAAAAAAAAAAAAAUGGCCACGGGCAGCGAGGUAACAGUGAUAUCCCUGCUCGGCUAACUCGCACGCACAACAGUCAUCCCAGAGCUGGAAUAUGAUGUCACUCCAGCAUCACUAAGCGGCGCACUGGACCCCAGGGACUGCACACUCGGCACACCAAUCUAAGAGUCGAUCUGUCCUGUACCGCUUUGAAAGAUUUUAUUAAAAGUUCCUCCUGAUAUCCUUUUAUCGCUAAAGUCUUGAGAUAAAAGGUGUUUGUGAACAGAGAGGUGUGUGUGUGUGUGUGUGUGUGUGUGUGUAUAUAUAUAUAUAAUUUUUCUCCACAAGUAAAAUAGCUGCAAGGGAAUCAGAUGACGUGAUUUGGGGAUGCCACGUCGCUUCCAAUUAACCUAAUAAGCUGAAGGUGUUUGAAUUCGACCUCUCAUCAUCCAGGACUCCUAUUGGAAGGGCGUUCAGAAAAUGGACCAAUAAGAUCCAAGACCGGGAAUAUUUAAAAGCAGCAAGAUUGGAAGGAAAUGAUAUGCAGAUUUGAAAAAGCCCACUGAAUGUGGGCGAAACGCGCCUCGGACUGUAAGCCACAUUUUGGACAUUUGAUUUUAACUUAAUGCACUUUCUUUAUUUUUUUACGGUUUGUUUUGUUUAAAUUUUACAGUCCUACUGGCUUUAUCCACUACUUGCUGCUAAAGAAAGAAAGAUGCUCCCUCUAUAGGCACCUAGAUUUACAACUCCGAGCCAGAUCUUAUUGGCUCUGAAGAAGGUGUGCAAAACCACCAGCAUUUUAUGUUUUUGUGUAUUCGAACAUAUUACACUAGAGAAUUAUUCCUCUUAUCUUGUUUCUUGAGGAUAUCCACUCUGGAUAAGAAAGGGUGCAGUGUCACCUACGAAAACUAACGCCGAUGUGAUUUGAGCCUGUCCCCCAGAGGCUCUUAUUAAUGUGCGUUGACACAUGUAUGAUACAAGUUUUUAUUUAUUUUUAUGGAUUUGCACUAUAUAUAGUUUUAUCCUGUUUGUGCAACACUCUCUUUAGGGUAAGUGUAUAUUCUUAUUUCUAUAUAGCGCUUCACUUACCUUAUUGGUAUAGAUGUGGGUAUAGAACUCACAUCUUACUGACUUUAUAUAUAGUGGGAGAAGGAGAAACCCACCAGAGUAUGUAGCUGCUCUUUCUUUUUAUCACUGCAAUAUUUGUAAGCUUACUGUACACAGUAACCCUCUUUCUCUUUAUACAUAGUUGCUGGUAUUUCGUUCCUGGCUGUAGUUCUCCAUCACGGUCUGGGUGGCUAUGGUUGCUACUAAAAGGAUACCUACCAUAAAUAUAAUAAUCUAUUUAAAAUAAUAUUUUUAGUGUGUGUGUGGGGUUUUUUUUUUUUUAAAAGGACUGUCUCUUGAUAUUGUUCUCUAAUCCCUGUAGGAGUUUCUGUGAUGUGACUGAAACAUUGGAUGAUGACUCCUAUGAAGGUGACAGUGGGAUCCCUGAUAUGACACUUGUGCAGAAGAUUGUGAGCCAGGUGGAGUUCUAUCUCUCGGAUGAAAACUUGUCUCGUGAUGCUUUUCUGCUCAAACAUGUGCAGAAGAAUAAAAUGGGUUAUGUCAGCAUAAAACUACUCACCUCCUUUAAGAAGGUCAGUGCUAAUGUAUGAAGGUCAAAAUGGCAAUAAAUCGGUUACAUUUGUCUGACCUCUCUAAAUAGGACCAGAUUGGCUCACUGGGAAAAAUCCCAGUGGGCUGCCUUUUAAGCCAGUUUGAAGGUUCUGUGAGUAAAGCCUUACUAAAUGGUGUAAAACUGGCCAGGUAGGGAGAUUUCCUUAGCUAUCCCAGCAAUUAGUGUUCUACAGUGGGCUCCCUGGCACCUUACUUGAUCAAUCUAGGUUCCAUGGCAGACAACAUGAUUGCUAUGUGCACCUUGUAGCACAGACAUUUUGAGCUGCUCCUUCAUAUCCCUUUAAAUGAUGUCUGCUGCUGGGAAGUGAUGUCACUCCAGCUUUAAUAUCAAUUCAGAGAACGUGAUAGAAGUGAUGAAAGCUUCCCUCUGAACUCCAAGGAUGAGUCUGUUCCAGCUCUUUUAAGAUCAAUCUCUCUCUCUGUCUAGAUACCCUCUGUAGUGUUUGUUUAAUACAUUCUCAGUUUUAGUGUACCCUUCACAGUAUCUCCUCUUAUAGAUCCCUUCCCAAUUCUACAUCUUCAAGUGAGUGUUUACAGGGGUAUUAAACCUUUAUUUGCUUGGGGGGAGGGGGUAGGUAGAGGGGACCGUUGUUGCAGAGGGACACAAUUGAAUACAGUUUUGUAUUAGGAAUUCCAGUUAAUUGAUAUACCAGUAACCCCUUGGCUUUUAAACACUUUCCCUCUUUUAAAUGCAAAGUCUAUGAGAUCUUCUACACCUAGAAGAGUUAGCAGGAAUAAGACGUGCAAAUGCAUGAAAACUUGCUACACACUACUGGGUUUUUCCAUGGGUGGCAAUCCAACAACUAACUCAAUGGGAAACUCUUCCAAUAUACAACUCCAUAGAAUGGCUUAUGAUCCUCUAUGGCUACAUAUAACCAUUAUCAAGUGACUUUGUGUUAAGUAAAAGAAGCCAAACCAGUUUUAGUAUAGAACUCGAUUCAGGAAACCAUUUAUUGUUGCAUAGUUGGGGCCCCCCCCUCUGACUUAUCUUUUUAUUCUUCAACUUCGUUAACUUUUUUUAAUAUAUAAUUUUUAAAUUUUUUUUUUUUUAGUCUCUUGAUAAAUGUUUAAUCUUUGUUAACUAGAGAGGGGAAACAAAAAAUGUGCUUAAAUGAUUUCCAAUUUUAUCUCUAUAUAUGAGAAAAUUCUUUCCAGACUACAAAAAAUGGCAAUCUGAUUUCCCCUGAGAGAGAUCCUAAAAGGAUUUAAAUUAAUUGACCAUGAUCUUAACCAUUUUCUAAAACAUGAGGGCGUAUACCCCCUCCCUCCCCAGGGCUUUGAAGAUCUGCACUCUAUCAAAACCAUACAAGUUUCAAACUGGCUUUUAAAAUUUCAAUGACCUACUGUGAAGAAACCUUCAGUGUGGCAAAAUUCUCUUUACUGUGGCCUUUAAGGGAUUAAUUUGAGUUGUAUUUUACAUAUUUAAUUAAAUGUUAAUAUAAAAUUGUGCAUCUCGUAUUGUAAAAAUGGGAAAGCCUUUAUAAGAAUUUAUGGACCCACAAAAUCACAAUUAUUAUUAAACAAUUUGGAGUCUUAUCGUUACAGACCCUUGAUUGAAUUGACUAAAAAAAUACAUAUAAUAAAAAUAUAUAUAUAUUUUUGAAUAUUUUUACAUUUGUAGCACAAGAGUCGUACACACGGUUAAAUGCACAUUAUUGCAGAAUAGUAGAAGCUGGUAGGUCACAAAAUCAAAGAUAAAUAGGAAUGACACUAGAAAUAUGGCUGGAUAAGCAUUGCUCUAUCAUGAAACAUCAACAAAAAUCUGUUUCACUAGGACAGUCAUGUCCUAAAGGGAGGUUAGGAGAAGCUCCUAGAGAAACACAGAAAAAAGCACCAGUAUAAAUAUUUAGAUAUAAGGGUUCUAGCAAGUAGGCAUAUGUAAAAGCAAAGAAAAUCAGAGAAACCAUUAUGCUGUGCAACAGAAAACCACUAUAAGAAAUUUUUGAGCCAUUAAUCGAGGUUCAAAACCCACCAACUUCAACCAACAUUCUGCGGGUCCAGAGCUCGAAUAAAAAAACAAACCAUAAAAAAUAAAACGUGGGAGGUGUCCACAUUUGUUCUGAAUACAAUUGAAAAAUGAUGUGAGAAGAUCUCUAAUAAACACAAACACAUCUGUUUAUUUCAAACAAUGUGCCCAUCACAGUUUUAGUACAAGCUUAUUUCGUUUCACCUGUAUGUAGACCUAUUAAAUACCACCCCAAUUCAGGCCAUCUUUCUCCACCCACAUCUUAACUUUUUAAAACUAUUAUGGGCAUACACACAUUUUUACUGAUUUGGACUUCUUAUGUUACAGGUGAAGAAUCUUGCACGUGAUUGGAGAAAAACAUUAUAUGCUCUGCAGUUUUCAGAAAUUCUUGAGGUUAAUGAGGAGGAGACAAAAGUGAGGAGAAAAACGCCAAUUCCAGAUUCUCUUUUAGGACUACCUCCCACUAAACUACUUCUAGCUUGGAAUUUUAGCGAUUCUGAGCAAAGACCUUCUAUAUGCCACCAGACCUUCAUGGAGACUGUCACAGCUCUUUUUGCACCAUAUGGGGUUAUAACAUCUGUUCGUAUUUUGAAACCAGGUAAAGAGGUACCUUGUUAUGUUAAAAAGUAUAUAUCCAGGUACAGUGAACUGACUACCAAAAAAAGUGCUCUUGUAGAAUAUGAGAACUUGGAAGGGGCCCGUAAAGCCCUUGAGGCAUAUUGCAUGAAUCAACACUCCGUUAGUGAUUCUUUAAAAGUGAUACCGGUAAGUAGUCGUGGCAUACGCAAAAAUAGUGGGAUGGAAUCUGAUGAAAUUGAAGACUCUGAUUUGCCUAGCAAGAAGGUGGCAAAGAAGCAAAAUAGAGUCUCAGAAAGGCUUCAGUAUGCCAUGGAAGACAUAACAUUUUACAGUUCAUCUGAGUCAGACAGCACACCUGCUUCUCCUGUAUCGACACCUCGUUACCUCUCCACUUCAAACCUCACAAGCCCAAAUUUAUCGCUUAAGCCACUUGCUUUCAGUAGUCCUCGAUCCAGUCCACUACUGGUACGUAAAAACUUCUCCCAGCCUUACCACACUAAUCCCUCUCCAUUGGCUACUGAGCUCAUGAAUGGUGGUUGUUUCAGUCCUGCUACAAGCCCAGAAAUGUGCCGCAGGAUAACUGAAUAUUCUCUGGACAGUGGUAUUGGAUCUAAUAGUCCUUGGGUGCAAAGACGCAGAGCUGCUGCCCACAACCUGCGCAUAGACAACAAGUCUUUACCCUGUAGCCCUCUAGCAGUGAAAUCUGCUGCUUCAAGUGGCCUUCCCAGUGGAGUACUUCGUCUGCCACGAGGUCCGGAUGGAAGUAAAGGCUUUCACAACAGCAUUGGCCGUGGAAAGCUAGUGUUAAGACACUAA